AUGGACGCCCUGGACGCUCCAUCCCCCACGCCCGUCACCUCGGAACCCGGGAACGCCUCCUGGCCCUGGUCCCCGGACGGCAACGCGUCGGCGGCGGCGGCGGCGCCCGGCUCGGCGGGGCUGGCGGUCAGCGGCGUCCUCAUCCCGCUGGUCUACCUGGUGGUGUGCGUGGUGGGCCUGCUGGGCAACUCGCUGGUCAUCUACGUGGUCCUGCGGCACACGGCCAGCCCGUCGGUCACCAACGUCUACAUCCUCAACCUGGCCCUGGCCGACGAGCUCUUCAUGCUGGGGCUGCCCUUCCUGGCGGCGCAGAACGCCCUCUCCUACUGGCCCUUCGGCUCCCUCAUGUGCCGCCUGGUCAUGGCGGUGGACGGCAUCAACCAGUUCACCAGCAUCUUCUGCCUGACGGUCAUGAGCGUGGACCGCUACCUGGCCGUGGUGCACCCGACGCGCUCGGCGCGCUGGCGCACGGCGCCCGUGGCGCGCGCGGUGAGCGCGGCCGUGUGGGUGGCGUCGGCCGUGGUGGUGCUGCCCGUGGUGGUCUUCUCGGGGGUGCCGCGGGGCAUGAGCACGUGCCACAUGCAGUGGCCCGAGCCCGCGGCCGCCUGGCGCGCCGGCUUCAUCAUGUACACGGCGGCGCUGGGCUUCUUCGGGCCGCUGCUCAUCAUCUGCUUGUGCUACCUGCUCAUCGUGGUCAAGGUGCGCUCGGCCGGCCGGCGGGUGCGCGCGCCCACGUGCCAGCGGCGCCGGCGCUCGGAGCGGCGCGUCACGCGCAUGGUGGUGGCCGUGGUCACGCUCUUCGUCGUGUGCUGGCUGCCCUUCUACGUGCUCAACAUCGUCAACGUGCUGUGCCCGCUGCCCGACGAGCCCGCCUUCUUCGGCCUCUACUUCCUGGUGGUGGCGCUGCCCUAUGCCAACAGCUGUGCCAACCCCAUCCUCUACGGCUUCCUCUCCUACCGCUUCCAGCAGGGUUUCCGCCGCGCGCUGCUGCGCCCGUCCCGCCGCGUGCAGAGCCACGAGCCCGCGCUGGCGCCCGCCGAGCGCACCGAGGACGACGACGACGACGACGACGAUGAGGGCGAGCACGGUGCCCGCAAGCCCGCCGAGGGCCAGGAGGCCAACGGGCGCGUCAGCCACAUCGCGCCGCGGCCGGGCCCCAGCGGGCAGGAGCAGCCCCCGUGCGCCGGCGCCGCGGCCCCCGGGGGACACCUCCUGCCCCGGGAGCCCCGCGUGGGGGACAGGCCCGCGGCACUGCGGACCAGCUAUCUCUGAG